CUCCGAUUCCACUCCUUUCUUCGGCUUUCGUCCCAUCCCCGAGUUCUGGCCCUCGGCCCUGUCGCCGUUUAUCCUGCUAUUACGUCUUCCUUUCAUCAGCAGCGUCUACGGCCCGAUUUUCCAAUUUUGCAGCUGUUUGCAUCAUAUCUUGCUGCAUGCUCUCUUCCAUCUCAAGCAGCUGAAGUCGCCAUCCCUCCCCCGAGUCCAACUUCAAAUCCCAACCAAAUACCAUCGGAAACGCUCUUUGCCCGCCAUGGACGGCGAUGUGGUGGCCCAGUUCACUGAGAUCACUGGCUCGAGCCCUCAGCUGGCCACCCAGUACCUGCAACUAACCGAUUUCAACAUUGAGCAGGCCAUGCAGCUUUAUUUCGAAAAUGGCGGUGCGCCCUUGACGGAGGAACCACUACCCUCAACUUCGACCCCUCAUGCCGCCCCUCCCUCUGCGGGGCGCCAACAUGAGUCUGGGGUUGUGAAUGUCGAUUCGGAUGACGAUGUCACGGUGGACGAAGCCCGGUCGGCGCCUCCGAAUCAAAAUCUGCACGGCUCUACAUUCGAUGACGAUGCUGCCAUGGCCCGUCGACUUCAGGAGGAAAUGUAUGGCGGAGAAGAUAAUUCUGAUGGAGUGCGCGCUCCAAUGGCCCGGACGACGGAAACACUUGUAGGCCCGGAGGCGGAAAUGGACGAUGGCGAUAUGCACGCAAGUAUCUUGGGUCAAUUACGUGCACGGCAACGAGGCAACCGGCCCGGUAUCUUUAAUCAGAGAGACAGUGCCUCGAUCUGGACCGCAGAAGACAACGACAACGACAGAACCCAUCGUGAGAGGCUGUCGGAAGCAACAGGUGGGGCUUCUGACUCGUCAAACAAGUCGAACAUGCUCGCCGAAAUGUAUCGUCCGCCAUUCGAGAUCAUGUCCCGGCUCCCAUGGGACUUGGCCCGGCAGGAAGGACGCGACAGCGAGAAAUGGCUGUUGGUCAACAUCCAAGAUUCUUCCAUUUUUGACUGCCAGGUGCUGAACAGGGAUCUCUGGAAAGACCCCGGGGUCCGAGACACGGUCAAAGAACAUUUCAUAUUCCUGCAAUAUUCCAAGGACGAUCCCCGGGCUUCGCCCUACCUGCAGUACUACUUCCAGGGCAGCGACGUUUCUGACAAUUACCCUAAUAUUGCCAUCGUGGAUCCGCGCACCGGGGAACAGAUGAAGGUCUGGUCGGGGCCACCCGUAAUUAAAGCGGCGGACUUUCUCAUGCAGCUUCACGAGUUUCUCGACCGAUACAGCCUCAACCACAACGUUCGGAAUCCCGUGGCCAAGCGGAAACCCGAGCAGAAGGAAAAGAGCAUCGAUGCUAUGACGGAGGAGGAGAUGUUGGAGAUGGCCAUGAGAAACAGCCUCGGGGCCGAAGCCGCGCAGGCUGCCAAGAUGGAGGAUCCGGACGAUCUGACUCGCAGUACCGAUGAUGUGAAGGGCAAGGGCAGAGUCGCUGAUGCGGGAGACAUUGACAUGGGCGACCAAGGUGAAUCGGCCGCCGCCGAGGCCUCGCCGUUCUCGUCCAUUCCGGGCGAUCGGCCGCACACCGAGCCUCCUGCAGACCCGGCCACGACUACGCGCAUUCAAUUCCGACACCCGUCUGGGAGAGUCAUCCGGCGCUUUUCGUUGGCCGAUCCGGUUCAGCGGAUAUAUGAAUGGCUCAAGGCCGAGCCGCCGCUGCCCGAAAAAGCCGGCGUGGAGUUUGAACUCAACUCUUUGGGCCGCAACUUGAUCGAUUCUCUCGGUACGACUGUGGCAGACGCCGGGUUAAAGAAUGGGACCGUGAUGAUCGGUUACUUGGAAGAGUAGGGGGGAAGACCAUUCUCUUUGAUUGACGCAAGGCAUUUUGACUCGAAGAUUUCUGUCUGGGCCAGCUGGAUUGAUCUCGGUAUCUGCACGGGAUGUUUUUAGAAGGGGGGGGAAGUUCUCCGGGGGGUUAAUACUCGAUAGCGGCCAUGUUAGAUCAAUUCACG